AUGUUGAUUGUACCAAAGGGGUCAAAAGAAACAUACGCCUUUCUCGACAAUGGCUCAGAUUUCACCCUCUUGUCCUGUGUGGCCGCCGAUACUUUGGGUAUUGAAGGUCCAGUUACGAGAAUCCGAGUCACUUCGCUGGUCGGAACCACUUGUAAAACAACCUCGGAGGUAAACUUUGCGGUUCCGUCAUUGGAUGGCGAGCACCAGCUGCAAGUGGAGAAGGUCUACACGCUCGAGUCACUACCAAUUCAAGCAGCUUACGACCUACCCGAAACUAUGAGUUGUUGGCCUCAUGUGAAGGGCAUACAUUUCCAGAAAAUCCAAAAUAAUACUGUUGAUCUGCUGAUUGGCACGAACACUCCGGAAGCACAUUGGGUGGAAGAUCAACGCAUCGGAAAUUCCUGA